GCCCUGGAUGGCCCGAAUUUUUAAUUCACAGUGGACUUGGGGAAGUAUGACAUUAUAGCACAUGGGAAUUCUCUAGUAUUCUAUUAAAUAAUUGUUGGAAAAAUGUCUUUACCGGAUAAGAUGUUAAUGCGAAAAAUCAAGAGAAGGGAGAGGAAUAAAUUGAGAAUAUUGCAAAAUCGAGAAAACGAAAAGGAAGACGAUAUUGCGAAUGAAAAAUCUGUGCUAGAGAGGGAAGAAAACAUUCCAGCAAAGAAUAAAAGAGGAAUUAAACGUCAGUCCGUGGAGGAUGAACCCGUUUCCAAAAACAAGAGGAAUAAAGUUAAAGUGAAUGAAAUUGAGGAAGAGAAUUCUGAUGAUAGUAAAGAAUCGAUAUCGGAAGCUGAGGUCAAAUGUGAAAGUGAAAAUGAAAAUGAAAAUGAAAAGGAAAAUGAAAAUGAAAAUGAAAAUGAAAGCGAAGAUGAAGAUUCUAAUUCUGAAGAGGUGGCAAAGGAAGCUUCUAAUACAAAUUUGCCAGGAUCGUCGAUCGGUUUGGAAAUUCUGAAAGACAAAUCAUUUGCCUCUCUCAAAGAUAAUGUUUGCGAAAAGACCUUAAAUGCUAUUGCAGAGAUGGGAUUUAAGGAGAUGACUGAAAUUCAAGCUAUGUCAAUACCGUCACUUCUCGAAGGACGAGAUCUUGUUGGUGCAGCAAAGACCGGAUCUGGAAAAACCCUGGCUUUUCUCAUCCCUGCUGUAGAACUCAUUUAUAAACUCAAAUUUAUGCCUCGUAAUGGUACUGGAUGUAUAAUCAUUUCUCCAACUCGUGAAUUGUCGAUGCAGACCUUUGGAGUACUCAAAGAAUUAAUGAAGUAUCAUCAUCAUACUUAUGGUUUAUUAAUGGGUGGUGCCAGCAGACAGACCGAGGCUCAAAAAUUAUCGAAAGGUGUUAAUAUAAUUGUAGCUACACCUGGACGUUUACUCGAUCAUCUACAAAAUACUCCUGAUUUUAUGUACAAAAAUCUUCAGUGUCUAAUUAUUGAUGAAGCCGACAGAAUUCUUGACAUUGGAUUUGAAGAAGAACUUAAACAAAUUAUUAACAUUUUGCCAAAAAGAAGACAAACUAUGCUUUUCAGUGCAACUCAAACAAAAAAAACGCAAGCAUUGACAGGAGUAGCAUUGAAAAAAGAGCCAAUGUACGUUGGCGUUGAUGAUACCAAAGAGGAAGCUACAGUGGAAGGCUUAGAGCAAGGAUAUGUUGCUUGCCCUAGCGAGAAAAGAUUUCUUUUGCUGUUUACAUUUUUAAAGAAAAAUCGAGAAAGAAAAGUAAUGGUCUUUUUCAGUUCUUGCAUGUCCGUUAAGUACCAUAAUGAGCUUCUGAAUUAUAUUGAUUUACCAGUGAUGAGCAUUCAUGGCAAACAAAAACAAACCAAAAGAACGACAACUUUCUUCCAAUUUUGUAAUGCACAAACGGGCAUUCUUCUUUGUACCGAUGUAGCUGCCAGAGGUCUUGACAUUCCAGAUGUUGAUUGGAUCGUUCAAUAUGAUCCACCCGAUGAUCCAAAAGAAUACAUUCAUCGAGUUGGUAGAACAGCUCGUGGCGAAGGUGGUAAAGGUAAUGCUUUACUGAUUCUUCGUCCGGAAGAACUUGGUUUCCUUCGAUAUUUGAAACUAGCUCGGGUUCCUGUAAAUGAAUUUGAGUUCUCAUGGAAUAAAAUAGCAGAUAUUCAGCUUCAGCUGGAGAAGCUGAUAUCGAAGAAUUACUUUCUAAAUUUAUCGGCUAAGGAGGCGUUCAAGGCGUACGUGAGAGCCUACGACUCGCACCAUCUCAAGCAGAUCUUCAACAUCGAGACCCUGGAUUUGGCCCACGUGGCAAAGUCCUUCGGGUUUGUCGUGCCACCGGCAGUCGACCUCAAAGUGGGAUACAACAAGAAUUCUCGUCCACGCAAACGACUAGGUGGAGGCGGCUACGGACAGUUCAACAUGCUGAACAUGGAGCAGCCGGGCGCCAGGAGACGAGCCGAGCGAACCAAGACCUUCCGGCAGGUGGGCAACCGUUACGGCAACAACAACAGACAGUUCAGCCGAUAGUGCCUGGAC